AUGGCCGUGGCGUGGCUCUGGGGCAGCCUCUGCUGCCUCCUGGCCGGGGUGGCCUGGGCCACCAACUACCCGCCCCGCUACAGCCUCUACACCAGGGGGGCCGUGCCCCUGAGCCAGGGCCCGGCCCCCGCUGCCCAGGGGACCCCGCAGGCACAGCCGGGCGCCCAGGCCGCCAGCCGGCACAGCCCAUCGCUAUGGCAGCGGAGGUCCAGGGCAUCGGCCUUGGCUGAGGCCAGCUGGGGCACCGUCGUUCCGCAGCACCGUCAGCCUGCCUACCCAGGACGACUGCCUGAGGGCCGGCCAGGGGCCCCCCUCUCACCCACCCGCCCGCGCCCCAAAGCCCAGCCGCCCCGCUAUCUGGCUUUGGAACUCCUGAGCGGCCUGGGUGGAGAAGGCCGGGGAGAUGCAGAGAAGGUGAAGCAGCUGGAGGAGAAGGUGCAGACCCUGAGCAAGCAGCUGCAGGACCUGCAGGCCACCACGGAGAAGGUGCUUGAGGAGGGGAGCAGGGCGGUGGAGCUCUCGCUCAGUGGGAAGCAGCCGGCCGACGCAGCUGCCCAGCCCGAGAUGAAGGAGACCCUCAACAAGAUCCAGAGGCAUCUGCAGCACCUGGACAACCGGAUCUCCAGCCAUGACGCCGAGCUGACCAACCUCAGCAACGGGCAGGGGCCGGGGACCCCACAGGGAGGGGCACUGCUCCUGCAGGAGGUGGAGCGGCGGGUGCAGGAGUCCUGUGCUACCUGCCUGGCGGGCAGCGAGGGUCUGCGGCGGCAGCAGGCCGAGGACCGCGAGCGCAUGCGGGGCCUGGAGAAACUGAUCAGCUCUGUGGACCAGCGGAACCGGGAGGCGGUGGAGAGCAUCCAGCGGCACGUCAGCGCCCUGGCGGGGCGCCUGCCCAAGGACUGCUGCUCCCAGCUGGACGAGCUGCGCGGCAAGGUGGGAGAGCUGGAGCGGAGGCUGGGCGGCGUCUCUGGCUCCUUCACCAUGCUCAACGAGCGCCUGGACCACGAGCUGGCUAGUCUGGCGCCGGCGGGGGCGGGGCAGGGUGGGCAGGUGCUGGAGGGCCGGCUGGUGGAGAUGGAGAGGCGCCUGAACUCCACCCAGCGCAGCCUGGAGCAGCACUACGCCCAGCGGCAGCCCCACCUGCACAGCCACCUGGCGGGGGAGCUGAGCAGGCGGCUCAGCAGGGCCGAGGGGGAGCUCGCCAAUGUGGCCGGCCAGCUGAGCGGCUUCCAGGGCCGCGUUCACCAGGCCCUGGCCAACCUGAGCCAGGAUGUGGAGAUGCUGAAGGACAGAGUGGCUCAGAGUGUGGCUGUGAUGACGGAGCUGCAGGGCCAGGGUGUGGGGUGCAGGCAGCCCUGCCCCACGCCCCACGCCCCCUCUCUGGGCAGCCAGGACUCACAGAUCAGCAACAUCCUGGGUGACCUGGAGCGACGGGUGCAGGAUAACGAAGGGCAGCUGCGCACCCUGGGCUCCAACCUGCACCAGCUCAGCAGCUCCGAGGCCAGCCUGGCCGGCUCCGUGCGGGCCCUGCAGGCCGAGGGGAAGAAGCUGUGGGAGCUGGUGGGGGUGAAUGGGGAGUCACUAGAGCGCCUGGCAGCUGAGAUCGGCAAGCUGGAGACCCAGCUGCUGGGCAUGGGGGGCAGCGCCGCCGACUCUACCGCCAAGGACCUGACGCUCUUCUUCAACCGCACGGGGGCACGGCUGGGCCAGCUGGAGGCCGACCUGCGGGGGCUGAGCGGCGUGGUGCGGGCUGAGCAGCGCGGCUGCAGCCAGGCCUGUGCCGCCCUGCAGGACGAGGUGGGCCAGCUGCGCGGGGAGGUGGCUGCCUGCUCUUGCCUGCUGCUGCCCAGGAAGCCAGAGCAGGGCCGGGAGCCCGUGGAGGCCCACAGGCCCCUGGACGGCUUCAGUGUCUUCGGGGGCACGUCGGCCGUAGACCUGAAGUCCCUGCAGGGCGAGCUCUCCGAGGUGAUCCUGAGCUUCAGCUCCCUGAACGACACGCUGCGCGGGCUGCAGAGCACUGUGGACAAGCACCAGACCGACCUCCACGAGCUGGGCUCCACCAAGGACCGCAUCAUCGCCGAGAUCAACAAGGUGCAGGCCGAGGCCACGGAGCGCGCGGCCGAGAGCGAGGAGCGGCUGGAGGGGGUGACGCGCCAGCUGCACCACCUGGGCGGGCGCGCGGCCGGCGGCCUGGAGCAGCGGCUGGCCAAGCUGGAGGGCGUCUGCGAGCGGCUGGACGCCGUCUCCGGCAGCCUGCGCAAGGUCAAGGAAGGGCUGAGCAAGCACGUGACGGGGCUGUGGGGCUGCCUGCAGGAGGUGAACGGCACCCUGCGCACCCACGGUGCCCUGCUCGACAAGCUGCAGGACACCCACCUGGGCACCGUUCACCCCCGCCUGGGCGCCCUCAACGCCUCUCUGCUGCGCCUGCAGGGCGAGCUGCACAACCUCACGCGCCAGGACCUGGCAGGCCCCCCCGGACCACCUGGACCCGAAGGCCCCAUGGGAAGAUCGGGUCCCCCAGGGCCCGCAGGCAGAAAUGGCGAACAAGGCCCCAUGGGACCCCCAGCCCCAGGUAUCUUCACGGUGCCCGUAGCCGGACGUUACUUCGUCAGCGCCGUGCUGACAGGGCACCGGAACGAGAAGCUCGAGGCUGUGCUGUCGCGCUCCAACCAGGGCAUCGCCCGCAGCGACUCAGGUGGCUACCAGCCCGAGGGCCUGGAGAACAAGCCCGUGGCCGAGAACCAGCCCAGCCCCGGCUCCCUGGGCGUCUUCAACCUGCUGCUGCAGCUGGAGGCGGGCGAGACGCUCUGCGUGGAUCUGGUGACAGGCCGGCUGGCCCACUCCUCCGACGAGCCGCUCACCGUCUUCAGCGGGGUGCUGCUGUACCCGGACGAGGGGGGCGAGGCCAGCUAGGCCCUGGCCCCGGCGCCAGGAGGGGCCCAGCGCUGCCCCGCCCAGCCCCUAGGGAUGCAAAGGCCAUGACCCAUCAGAGCUGGGGUGCAGGGGCAUCCGCCUGGCGUCUCCGAGGAGCUGCAGGAGACACAGCUCCCUGGCAUGGGGGGCACAAGAGGGCUCAGGCCGGCAGCCCACCCCCACGUGCUGCCACAGCGGGCUCAGGAGGCAGCGAGUGCCCCGUGGAGCCCAGCCCCCCCAGGCAGGGCAGCCCUGCCGUGGAUGAGCUGGAGGGCCCUCGGGUCCCUCACUGCUCCCAGCUACCCCCCAGCUGCAGGGGCUCGGGGGGCUCGUGGCCAGGGCACCCCAGGGGCCGGCCAGGGCUGGGGCCUCAGGCGGAUGCGUCUCCUGCAGGCCAGCCGGCUGCUGCGGGGGUGCACGGGGCGCUCCAGCGACACGCCAGGCUGUGACCCCUGGAGGGAUGCCCGGGGCACGGGAUCCCCCUCCCCUGAAGCCAGGCCCCUCCCCACCCACAUUGACCAGGCACCUCCCUGUUAUUUAUCAUCCUGUCGUGCCCAUUCCUGCCCUGCUGCCCACCCUCAGGGGCACCGCCUGCCACACCCCUUCUGCACAGCUCCUGCUCACCCGCUCAGCCCCUCACCAACCCUGGGCAGAGAGCCCAGCCACCCCCACGCCAGGCCGGGAGAGCACCCGUGGGGCACGCAGCACUGGCGAGGUGCCCAGUCCCCUCCCAGCACCGACGGCACCAGAGAUGAGCUGGCGGGCAGCACUGCCCGCUCUGGGCCUGGCUGAGGGAGCCGUGGGGGGAGGGGGCCCCGUGAACGGCUCUGUGGGCGCUGGUGCCCUACCCUGGCACAGGGGCCAGCUCUGCCCAGGCAUCUAUUUCAUGUAUUAAUAAAGAAA